GAAUUAUGGCGAAGGGUGGCUGAUUAUACAAAAGGGAAUGAAGAGAGCCAUGCGCGAUGCCAGUACUCUCAGCUGGAUGAUGCCAGCGGCAGGGACGCUCGGAAAGAGGGGCUUUUCCAGCACUUUUAUCAAGUGGUUCAGAAAGAGCGUGACCGAGAGAGGCCUUCCGAUUGCGUUAUUGUUUCUAUCGACAAAGAACAGAGGGAAUAUGCAAUAGCUAUAGGUCAUCGGUUGCAGGAUCAUGGCCUUGUGGUGGAAAUGAUUCACCUUGCCUCUGAGUCGAGCCUCACUCGAGCACUCCAGGAAGUUAAAGACGAUGGGUCCCCAUUUUGUAUUCUUGUCGAACAGUCCAACAUAAAACUUUCUUCCUGCACUGUAAUUAUGCUUCAUGAGUCUAUCAAAAUACAUCGGCAUAUGCCCCUGGAGGAUGCCCUGGUGCUGGUGGCUAAAGAACAUAGGAGAGUUUUUGCUAAGCGGGAGCAGCAGGAACGCACUGAAACUUCUCUGAGGGCUGGAGAUCUGGUAGAUGACUUCCUGGCCCGGGAGUGCCUCACCAGCUACUCUGUCCCUUCGGGCAUUCAGCAUCUUCUUUUCCUGUUAAACGAGGGCAAGCAUUUGUACAGGAAUGAGCUGGACGUACUCAUCGACUACCUGAAGACCAGGAAAGGACAACUGGAAGGCUUUGAGACACCAAAUCCUUUGGCCAGCAGUGAUCAUCCCUCAUUUCAAGGCAGAACUACCCUCACCGUGGGCAAGCCACCUCCACUUCUUCCAACCCCCAGAAAGAGAUCCUUCGUAGGCCCUCCUCCCCCACUUCUUGUCAAGUCCCCUUUGUUAGGAUUGGUCAACCCCAAAGGUCUGUUUCCCCCUCCCCCACUUCUGGCAGUCCCCUCCAAGAGGCCUGCACCUUUGGGAUGCCUCCCUCCCAAGCCUCCCAAACGUCCAUUACUUGGGGAGAAGCCAGGCCUUUUAGUACCACCACCAGUUCUUUUGCAGUCGGUGCUGCACAAGCAGACAGUUCAACCUGUGUCUUUGCUGAACUAAGGAAAGCUUCUCUGAGCCAGAACAAGGAACCUGUUCUGGGCACUUCAUUGCAUUUAGGCCCCUUUUAAUUUUAUUCUGUUCCAGUUUUUUAUUAUGAAACAUUUUAAGUAUAUAGAAAAUUUGAAUGAAUACUGUAAUGAACACCCAUGUAUUUUGUAUCUAGAUUCAGUAAUUAUUAACAUUCUGCCAUUUUUUAACUUAUA